CUCCUUGUUCCUUUUAAAUGCGCUCUAUGCUCAGGAUCGGAGCAUAGCGCGGCAGACUUCAACCGGUAGCUGGUUAAAGAUGGUUUAAGAUGAGGAAGCCGACGGGGUUUUUUGCUGUGAUUCUCUCGUUGCUGUGCCGAGCAUGGACUCAGGACUCAGUGAUCUACUUAUCUUUCAACGCGGGCAGCGAAGUCAAGCUGAACUGCAGCAGCGCGUCAUGGAGAAAGUUGAUGUACAUCAUCUGGAACGUGGACCUGGUGGGACAAAAACAGUGUAAGGUGGGCAGCAGCAGCCAGAUCGCGGGCGGAGGGUUGGACACCUGCGGAGACGGCAAGUCGCUGCGCAACGCCUCGGAGGCCUGCUACUACCUGCACAUCCCCGACUUCUCCGAGCGCGACGUGGGCUUGUACAAAUGCGAAAUGGCUUUCGUUGGAGGAACCCGGACUUGUAACAUCAGCGUGUCAAUCACAGUUCCUCCCCGUAUCUCCUCCUGGUUGGAAUCGAGGGACGACAACAGCACGGUGGCCGUGUGCAAAGCCGAGGGAGGAAAGCCGGCCGCCAACGUCACGUGGCGCCACGCCGGGAACUCGUCUUCCGUGGAGACGCAGUGGCGUUCCGGUGGAUUGUUCUCUGUGGAAAGCCGCCUAAAACUACCCGAGGGCACCAAGAACGCUGAGAACGUGACGUGCGUCAUCAAGCAUCCGUUCUGGCGAGCGGAGAGGAUGUUGGUACCAAAGCACGGAAAAGGUUUUCCUUACACCACGGUGUUCAUUCUUAUAGUUUUCGCAGUCCUAAUGGUACUGGCUGCAUUAUUCUUUAUAUAUCAGAAGCAAAUCAUGCUCAGACGCUGCCCACUCGCCGACUGCUCUCCAACCGUAUCAGAGCCUACAGAGGAUGUAGAGGAAGUGGAGCCUUAUGCCAGCUACGUUCAACGUGUCAACUCCAUCUAUAACUCAUGAUGUGGAGGAAACAAACAAACAAACAAACAAACAAAAACGCAGCACUUGCCCAGUGCGUGAAGCCCAAUACUCUUGUGCUAUGUUAACAACUAGAAAUGCAGUUGGGUAAAAGCACAUCAUGCCUUUACUAUAGAAUACAUUGGAUGCGGUUAUGUUUGACAUAAAGUACAUGGUAUGGAACAUUUAUAUUCUGUCCUAAACUGUAUGUUUAGACACACUUCAGGUUGGUUGACAACACUAAAACGUUUGUACAGGGUGUUUGGAAAGCCACUGCACACUUUGGAUAACAGUAUUCUUUAAUUGAAACACUUCUGUUAAUAAAAAAACAAAUAUACUGUAUUUGCAGGAACUUUCCAAACACUAAGUUUUGCAGGUGCAGCCAAUGUUUUUGGCCACUACAAUUGUUCGCAUGUGUUACCUGCCGUCGUAAACACACAACCUAUUUUCAUACUAGGUGAGUGUAUUGCGACAUUAUGGAAAGAAGCGAAAAUGUGAUUUUUGAAACUAGAUACAUCAGCACGCCACCUGCACUUCCUGUUUUCAGCAAGUUCAAAGUCACUGCGCGUAUGUGUGAAGAAAUCAUCGGCAAGUCCACUUCCCUUUGACUCAUCAACUUUUGUCUUGCUUGCUAAGGUCUGGAGGUAAACCACAGUCAAUGCUGUCUUCCUUCCAUCCAUCCAGCCAUCCAUCCAGCUAAAGUAGCGAGCCAUCUAUCUUUUUCCCCCCACCAGACGGCGCUGUUAAAAAGCACUGAUCUGCUUCAGAGUCUUUUGGAAAAUACUAUAAAGCCUUCUGUGUUAAUGGUCUCAUGCAUACGCACAACAUGAACCAAUUAUAGCCCACAUUGGUUCUUAUUAGUAUUUGUUUGAUGACAAAGGAUUAGUGAGGACAAAGCAAGCAAAUGUCCGCACAUCGGGCUCGCAUGGACAUCCACAAAGGCAGCCAUCAUGUUUUUUUUAUCAGUGCAUUCAUUGGCUGAGAAUAGAGAAAGUCAACAAUAUGCAUGAGAGCUCACAUAUGUUGAAUGUGAAGUAUGCACUGCAUGUGUGCAAAAAACUGUGAGCUUUUCCGAAUAAAAUUGUUCCGAACAGAGUCAAUCAUCGAGACGACUCGAGCAUCUGGCUGCCACCUUGAA